GCCCAGGGGAACCUCGGUUUCCUCCUCCUCAAGCCACUUGCCCUAUUUUCCCCUUCCUUCUCACUGUUUUUUGCAUCCUGGAAAUCAUGGUUAAGCAGCAAGCCAACUGGUCUCCGUACGACAACAAUGGAGGAUCGUGCGUCGCAAUCGCUGGAGCGGAUUACUGCGUUGUUGCUGCCGAUACGAGGAUGUCAACAGGUUACAAUAUCCUUACCCGGGAUUAUUCCAAAAUAUGCCAAUUAGCUGUCAAAAGUGUGAUGGCCUCUUCUGGUUUUCAAGCCGAUGUGAAGGCCUUACAAAAGAAUUUAUCUGCUAAGCACUUGAUAUAUCAGCAUCAACACAACAAACAAAUGAGCUGUCCUGCUAUGGCUCAGUUGCUUUCCAACACUCUUUAUUAUAAGCGCUUCUUUCCUUAUUAUGCUUUCAAUGUUUUGGGUGGUCUUGAUAAUGAAGGAAAGGGAUGUGUUUUCACAUAUGAUGCUGUUGGUUCAUAUGAGAGGGUUGGGUAUAGCUCCCAAGGAUCUGGUUCCACACUCAUUAUGCCAUUUCUUGACAACCAACUGAAGUCCCCCAGCCCACUCCUAUUACCUGCUAAGGAUGCUGUUACUCCUCUAUCUGAAGUUGAAGCAGUGGAAUUGGUCAAAACUGUUUUUGCAUCUGCAACUGAGAGAGAUAUUUACACUGGUGAUAAACUUGAAAUAGUUGUCCUGAAUGCCUCUGGUAUUCGCCGUGAAUACAUGGACCUAAGGAGAGAUUGAUGCUUUGCACAAAGUUUAUCGUGCUGUUGUACUGGAAAUGUUUCAAAUGCUUUGAGGAUUGAAAAUGUUGUGUGGGCUAUUCUUCCUGCGAAGAAAAUUCAGAGAACUCUUAAAUUUAAUUAGCUCCAUUUUGUAUCCAGAUUGUGCUGACUUGAAGCUCAUAAUGCUAUCGAAGUCUUUAUGAUUAGUUAUUUCCACGGGCGUUUAAAA